AUGGGUUCAGCCGAGCGAAACCCCGCCUUUGUUCUUCGGGCGGUUCACGACACCAUCAUCGAAGAGCGUCCCAUCCCCAAGCUUCGCAACGAAUGGGACGUUCGCGUCCGCAUCGCUCAGACUGGAAUCUGCGGUAGCGAUGUUCACUACUGGGACCACGGCCGCAUUGGUGACUUCAUCCUCACAAACCCGAUCAUUCUCGGUCACGAAUCCUCGGGCACUGUUGUCGAGGUAGGCUCUGCUGUCAAGAACGUCAAGGUGGGCGACCGCGUCGCCAUUGAGCCAGGAGUGCCCUGCCGACACUGCGACUACUGCCGAAGUGGCGGCUAUAACCUCUGCCCCGACACAGUCUUCGCCGCGACGCCCCCCCACGAUGGCACAUUAUCCAAGUACUAUGUGGUUGCGGCCGACUAUUGUUUCCCGAUUCCCGACCAUAUGGAUAUGGAGCAAGGAGCCCUUGUGGAGCCCGUCUCUUCAGCUGUCCAGAUGGUCCGUACAGGUGACGUUCGCGGCAACCAGACCGUCGUCGUCUUUGGCUGUGGCCCCAUGGGCGUCCUCUGCCAGGCUAUCUGCCGCGUCUGGGGCUGCAAGAGGGUGAUUGGCAUUGAUAUCGUCCAGUCGAGACUUGACUUUGCUGCCUCGUUCAGUGGCGGUCGGAAAGAGGACGUGUUCAUGCCACCUCCCAAGCCUUCCGGCAAGGACGGUAUGGAGUGGAGCGAGCACCUUGCCAAGGUCAUCAAGGAGAAGUUCAACUUGGGUGAAGGCCCGGAAGUGGUGCUCGAGGUGACGGGCGCCGAAUCCUGCAUUCAGACUGGAGUCCAUCUGACAAAGAAGGGCGGCACUUUUGUCCAGGCAGGAAUGGGUACCGAGAAUGUCUUGUUCCCUAUUGCCGUCGCUUGCGUGCGAGAACUCAGGAUCCAGGGCUCCAUCCGGUACAAGACAGGCUGCCAUCCCACAGCUGUUGACCUGGUUGCCAGUGGUGCCAUCGACGUCAAGAAGCUCAUCACCCACCGGUACAAGUUCGAGCAGUCUGAGGAGGCCUUCCAGAAGGUCAAGGCCAGAGAAGAGGGCACACUAAAGGUCAUGAUUGAGGGUGUUCAGGACUAG